AUGCUUCUCUCUACCCUCCUCUUCGCGGCUCUAGCCGACGCGAUUCCUCAAGGCGGUGGUGGCAAUGGAUUCACUAUGCUGCGUUUCGGUUGCGCACAGGUAGUCGUCGACCGUAUCGAUCCACUCGUCAAUCCUGGGCAAGCACCGUCCCCCCAUAUGCAUCAAGUCGUGGGAGGAAAUGCCUUCAACGUUACGAUGGAGUCUACCGAUAUCUCCAAACUUGCGAGCUGCACAACAUGUGGUUAUUCUGAAGAUCUCUCCAACUACUGGACCGCCAACGUCUACUUCAAGGCGCGCAACGGAACGUACAAGCGCGUGCCUCAAAUUCCUAACAGGGAUCUCUUCCAAGAUAAGUACACUGGAAAGACAAACGGUGGCUUCGUCGUCUACUAUGUUUCGCCCGGCAAGGGUAAAGUGACGGCCUUCAAGCCGGGUUUCCGUAUGCUCGUCGGCGACGCUACCAAUCGUGUAAGCAAGAACCUGAAGAUGCAGACAUGUUUCCGCUGCUACAACGCGCCAAAUUUCGGCGGCGACAAUGCUGCUCCAUGUGCAGAUGCGAAAUUGGACACCGAGGGUUUCCCCAAGACUGCUUGCCCAGGAGGUAUCCGUUCGAACAUCUUGUAUCCGACCUGCUGGGACGGCAAGAAUCUCGACAGCCCUGAUCACAAGGCACAUGUCGCAUAUCCCAAGGCCGGCCCCGCUUCCUUCUCUGGCACCAGCACUGGCGGUGACUGCCCCUCGACUCAUCCAGUGAAGAUCCCACAAUUGAUGCUCGAGAUCGUCUGGGAUACAAGGCAAUUCAACAACAAGGCUGACUGGCCUGCCGAUGGCUCCCAACCUUUCGUUCUGUCGACUGGCGACAACACUGGUUUCGGCCAGCACGGUGACUACGUCUUCGGCUGGAAGGAUGACUCGCUCCAGAAGGCUAUGGAUGACGCUAAGGGCUGCAUGGGAGCUAGCUGCGGAAGCCUGAAGACUCAGCAACCCGCUGAUGGUAACAGCUGUAAUGUAAAGGCUCGCGUCAACGAGGACCAUGAUGGCUGGAUGAAGCAGCUUCCUGGUAUGGACGGUAUGCCCAUGUAGACCAUUUCCGAAGACCAGAGAAAUAAGAUUGAUAUCCUUUUGAGUAGAUAGUUGUA